UGUGGCCAUCAUAAUCCGAAACCUUAGCGAAGAAGACAAGGAACGAUUUACCCUAAAACAUCUACGAGACGACGACGGUGAUGAUUCGCACUUCUCUGAUGCGUUUCGCGGCGGCUUUCUUCAUCGUCCUCGUCGGUGUCGUCCGCAGCGAGGAGUGUGCGAGAAGAUGCAUUGCACAGAAUUGUGACACUCUCUCUAUUCGAUAUGGGAAGUAUUGUGGGAUUGGACAUUCUGGUUGUCCUGGUGAGGGGCCUUGUGAUGAUCUUGAUGCUUGUUGUAUGGUCCAUGACAGUUGUGUUGAGUCAAAAGGUAUGACCAACAUAAGCUGCCAUAAGAAGUUCCAGCGAUGCGUAAGCAGGCUAAGCAAAGCGAUAAAACAGUCCAAAAACAAAAAGGUUGGGUUUUCCACUCAAUGCCCUUAUUCAGUAGUAAUACCUACAGUGAAUCAAGGAAUGGAUAUUGGGAUCUUAUUCAGUCAGUUAGGUAAUGAUAUGAAAGUAGAGCUUUGAGUUUUGCUGUUCUCAUAUACUCUGGUCUUGGAGGCAUCACAUUGGUGUUGGAACUUGGAACUAAAAGCUUACCUCAUAAUUUUUUUAUACUGAUUGAUGAUAACCUUAAUUAUUGGAAUUGCAAGUCGCUGAUAGGUUUUAGCGUAAGUCAAACACCAUUGAAUGAUUUAACAUGUAAAUCUUGGACGCAUGUAUGAAGCAAUGGCACUCCGUGAAUCUUAUGCUAUAUACUAAGCAAGUUUUGAUCGGAAA